AUGGGCGGGCCCUCACAGGCCACCUGCACUCACUGGGCAGCUGUGCUGCUCGCCUUUGCAGUGGCGGCAGCAACAGCAACAACAACGGAAACGAUUGAAUCGGCAGCAGAGUCUGCAGUAUCUGCUGCUGCCGGUGCCGUUGCUUCAGUUUCUGGGCUUGGUGCGUCGGAUGAUCACCCAUGCAGCUGCUCUGGUGUAACCGCAGCAGCUGCAGCAGCAUCAGCUGCAGCACCCGUACCUUUACCACCUCCUUCUGUUUCCGGAGUUUCUCCGGAAGGUGUUUACUUCAUCCCAGAUCCCCUUCCUGCAGGGGAGACCGCAAGAGGGUGUAGGAAGAGGGGUAAGCAGCCGGAGAAUCACCAGCCGCAGCAGCAGCACGAACAGCAGCAGCACCAGGAGGAUGCUACAGAGGACGGAUAUGAGGACUCCAUGUGUCCUCCUGCUGAUAGCCUUAUCUGGCCCCAUGCGUCUCCAUACACUGCCAGAAUUCUCUUUACCCCGGCAAAGCCGGCGGCGUUUCAGCGGGGUGAAGAGGCAAAGACGGAGGCAGAAGAAGAGACAGAGGCAGAACAAGGAAGUGAGACAGAAACAGAACCAAAAGGGGAAUACCAAAGGCAAGAAGAUACUCAACCGGACAGCCCAGAUUCUGCUGCUGGCCCUCCUUCCUUCGAUGAGAGGCUUCUGCAAGAUUUCGCUACAGCGCAGCAAGAGGUCAGGCAAAAACUCCCAGCAGAACGCAAGAAGAAGACAUCCCCACAAGCGCUCCAUCGCUUCCACCAGCAGAAGCAGCAGGAACAGCAGCAGGAUCAGGAGCAGGAGCAUGAAGGUCUGUGCAGGCGUGGGCGGGCACCUUCUUACGAAGACCGCAGGCGACAAUUUAUAAGGGAUUUCUCUGCCGAUUACUCAAUACAAGCAGAAGAGACAGCCCAGAGGGAGCUAAAACGCCUGCAAGGAGACAUUUACCUGGACUAUGCAGGUAGUUCCCUGUAUCAAGAGCAGCAGAUUUUAUCUGUUUUCAAAGAUUUGGGGCUGCAUACGUUCGGCAAUGCUCAUUCCCGGAAUCCUUCCGCCAAAUUUACUGAUGAGAGGACUCGAGAAGCUCGCGAGUUGACUCUGGAUUUCUUCGGAGCGCGUGAAGAAGAAUUUGCAGUUGUGUUUACUUCAGGGGCGACGGCAGCCAUAAAGUUGGUCGGAGAGGAUUUCCCCUUUUCUUCUGCCUCUCGGUUUUAUUAUCUCCGCAUUAACCACAACUCCGUCCUGGGUGUUAGGGAGUUGGCUUAUGCAGCAGGAGCGAAGGCUGUGAAGGCUUUGUCUGCUCGAGAAGUGGAGGAAACACUGAGAGCACGAGAGAGGCAGCAGCAGCAGGAGGCAGAGGCCCCAAGGGCUGAGCCCAGCUCCUUCUGUCUUUUUGGGUUUCCCCUUAAAGACAACUUUAAUGGCGCGUCAUUCCCUCUUUCCUGGAUCCAAAGGAUACACAAAGUGGGCCUCUCGAGCGACUGCCGCUGGCUUGUGCUUCUUGACGCCGCCGCUGCUGCUCCGACAUCGCGGAUUCAGCUUUCCGGUGGAGAAGAAGAUGAGGCUCCCGAUUUUUUGGCAUUGUCUUUUUAUAAAAUCUUCGGAUAUCCGACGGGUUUGGGAGCGCUUAUCCUCAAGCGCAGCGCAGCAGACGUCUUGAAGAAGGUAUACUGGGGUGGAGGCAGCGUCUCGGGUUCUCUGUGCGACGCGCGUUGGCAGAAGCCAAAGGCAGACAUCUCCGCCCGCCUCGAAGACGGGACGGCAAUAGGGAUGGAGGCAAUCGAGCGACAUGUGGGCGCCCUCACACGCCACCUCUAUCGCUCCCUAAAGUAUCUCCGACACCGUAACGGCGCCUACUUUGCACUCCUCUACUGGGCAAAAUCCGAGGAACCUUCAGGUGGGAUAGUCAACUUCAACUUACUCAGACCUGAUGGGUCUUUCAUUCCGUUUGGAGAGGUGGAGGCCAAAACAGCUGCUGCGGGAAUUCAUCUUCGCACUGGUUGCUUCUGCAACCCUGGAGGCUGCCAGGAUUUCCUCGGACUUACAGGAGCAGACAUUGUCAACGCAACCCUCGCAAGAGAAAGUUGCUCAGACCCCAGCGGUGCCUUGAUUCGCACAACUCCACAACUUGGUUGGAUGGGAAGUGCGCCACUAAUGACAGCAAAGGCAUCCGGAUCUGUUCGAGUCUCUCUUGGAUACCUGAGCACGUUUGCUGACGUAGAUGGUUUGGUUGAAUUCCUAACGCAGAGUUUUCUUUGGCAAUGA